GUCCAUGCAGAGCAGCCCAGGCGAUCACGACCGCCUAGGCUCACCGCGAGAUACGAGAAGGGUUGCCAGCUAAUCGAUCGAAUGCAUCCACUCUCUCCAUCCACACUACCUCUACUGGUAUCCUCAUAUCCACAUCGUGGUCGUCGUAUACAACCAGGCAUCUGAACAUCGUGCGUACGCCCAGUCCUUAAAACCUUUCAGGUAACUGGUACUGCAACUUCGGAGGAAAUUCCGACCCGGCCAGCCUGCCCCGGAAUAGCACCAUACGGUUGCGUGCACAGGCAGCAGACCACCCUGCCCUCGCUGCUCGUCGCGCACUCUGGCACGAUCACCCGGAGGUUUCCGGCUUCGAUCUGAAUCGUUCCCUAGACGACAGCGCCGCAACUCUUGGCUGCAGCAACGGCAUCAGUCAUUCACCAAAUUGGCUUGCCACACACAGGUGUAGCAUCGACGAUCUCGCUCGCUACCUCUUAUCGCUACAAGCAUGUCAUUGCAGAAUACAUCCAAAUCGGUGCUCAGAGUUGGGAAGAACUACAUCAAGGGUUACACGGACACACAGAAGAAGGUUCGCGAUGCGACGUCCAACGAGCCCUGGGGCCCUAGUGGCGAGCAGAUGAACGCAAUUUCGCAGCUUAGCUACAACCAGAACGACUUCAUCGAAAUGAUGGAGAUCAUGGACAAGCGUCUCAAUGACAAGGGAAAGAAUUGGCGACAUGUUUUCAAAACGUUGACGCUGCUGGACUACCUCCUGCAUGCUGGUUCCGAGAACUGCGUGAUCUACUUCCGUGACAACAUAUAUGUUGUCAAGACGCUGCGAGAGUUCCAAUACAUUGAUGACUAUGGCAAGGAUCAGGGCGCUAAUGUUCGCCAAAAGGCCAAAGACAUCACCAAUCUCUUGAUGGAUGAGCAGCGUCUGCGUGAGGAGCGCCGCUCCCGAGCAUCAAUGCGGAGUCGCAUGACAGGCGAAGAUGGACCUCCCAUCAGCCCUGGCAAUUUUGAGGAUGAUGAGGGUAGGAGAAGGAGGGCGGAAGCUGAUCGCAGGCGCGCGAACAGGCAGAAUCAGGAGGACGAGGAGCUGAAGAAGGCAAUUGAGGAGAGCAAGCGCAUGGCUCGUGAGAACGAAGAGCGUAUCCGAAGGGAGGCAACAAACGAGGAUGAGCUGCAGAAGGCAUUGGCCUUGUCAAGGGAGGAAGAAGAGAAGCGCAUCAAGGAGCUUGAGCAGCGCAACCAAAACGCGCUCUUUGACGAUGAUUUCAAUCUCAUUGAUGGCCCUCCGAACCAGUAUGCGCAAGGGCAGGAUCAAUGGGCGCAGCAGCAGCAAUUUAUGCAACCGCAGUAUACCAGCUUCAACCCUUACAUGAUGCAAGCGCAACAGACUGGGUACAAUCCCUUCCUGCAACAGCAAAUGGCGCUGCAGCAGCAACAGGAAGCGGAGUAUCAGCGCCAGAUGGAGUUGCAGAUGGCCGCGCAACAGUAUCAGCAUCUUAUGACCCAGCCACAGCCCCUUCAACCUCAACCCACUGCGUUCCGAUCCAACAAUCCUUUCGCGUUCGGCCAGCCGCAACAGCAGCAACAGCAGCAGCAGCAGCAGCAGCAGCAGCAGCCAGUCUUCCAGCAGCCUCAACAGCAAGCACCACAACAGGUGCCUAUUGGAGACCUGCUUGGCGGAGAGAGUGCGCCUGCGCCUGCUCCGCAACCUGUGCCGGCGGUGCAGACUCCACCUCCUCAGCAGCAGCAACAACAACAAGGCCCGCCUCGGGUCAAAAUCUCGGACAAGUAUGCCGAGCUCGAUCGUAUGCUGGCCAGCGGAGAGGCGCAGGAUACUUUUGGAAAUGUUGGAGCACAAGCUAUGGGACACUCCCAGGGCCGAAUGCCAUAUCAGCCGACUGGCAAUACCAACGGCCAGAACGGCUCGGCGUCAAACCCAUUCUUCAAAGUGUAACGUUCUGGCGUCUUCGUUUCGGUAUUCGUACCUUUCAAUCCUUUUUCCCCUCUUACUUUGUCACCCGUAUCACUCCAAUCGCCUCGAGGCCCAAUUUCAAUGCUCUUUUCAUACCCUC